AUGUGGGUUCCUCGAUCAACAUUCUGGGCCUUGGGCUUUACCAUGACAGCUGUCUUUGCUUCCCCCGUUGAGAAGCGAGCCAGAGGGCCGUGGAUGGCAAUCAAUUCAGACUUUCCGGACCCUAGUUUUGUGCAGGAUGCAGAAGGGGCAUGGUAUGCCUUUAGCACAAACGGCAAUGGCAAGCGCGUCCAAGUGGCUAGAUCCCAAGAUUUCAACACAUGGACUCUUCUCGACAUCGAGGCACUGCCAACGCUUGCAGGGUGGGAGACUGAAAUAGAUCAUUGGGCACCAGACGUUAUCAGAAGGAACGAUGGCUAUUAUGUUAUGUACUAUUCAGGCGAGGCCAAAGAGAUGGUGAGGCAUCACUGUGUGGGCGUCGCUGUCUCUAAAGAGAAAGACCCCAGAGGACCAUAUGUGCCGAACGAGACGCCAUUAUCAUGCCGGCUGGAUCAGGGAGGUUCGAUCGACCCGGCGGGAUUCCUCGACAAAGACGGUAGCCGCUAUGUUGUCUUCAAAGUAGACGGCAAUAGCAUCGGUCAUGGUGGAGACUGCAACAACGGCGUUCCUCCUCUGGUAUCUACGCCGAUUCUUCUGCAGAGAGUGGCAGACGACGGCUUCACGCCACUUGGCGACGCCGUUCCGAUACUUGACCGUGACGAUACCGACGGACCUUUGGUCGAAGCUCCCAAUCUGAUUCUGCACGGCGACACGUACUUUCUUUUCUAUUCCACACAUUGUUUUACGGAUCCCAAGUACGACGUGCGAUGGGCCACCUCGAAAUCCAUCACGGGCCCGUAUGUCAAGAUUGGUCAGAAGCUAUUCAAGACCGGUGACUAUGGACUAACAUCACCUGGUGGAGGUACCGUCUGUGGAUGUGGUGACAGGAUGCUCUUCCAUGGGUUCUGUGAGGCCAACAAGCGGUGUACAUAUGCUGCGAACCUUGCCAUCAAUGGUGAUCAGGUUACACUUCUAUGA